CAGAGACUUAAUGCAGAGUGAGGCAGAGCCAGUGUCAGUAGCAGUGUGUGUGCAGAGCGGAGAACAUCAGCCUGGAAGAUGAGUUCAGCACAGGAUCCGGUGGUGAUUGUGUCAGCCGUCCGCACUCCCAUAGGUGUAUUCAAUGGAGCCCUGUCAACUUUACCUGUUCACACCCUGGGCGCAGUUGUGAUCAAGGAGGCUCUGAAGAGAUCCAGCGUUAAUACUGAUGAGAUCUCGGAAGUAAUAUUUGGUCAUGUUUUAACUGGAGGUACGGGACAGAACCCUACACGACAAGCCAGUGUGGGUGCGGGAAUUCCCUACUCGAUUCCAGCCUGGAGCUGCCAGAUGAUCUGUGGGUCAGGGUUAAAGGCAGUUAGCCUUGGCGCCCAGUCUAUAUUAACUGGGGAAUCUGACAUAGUGGUGGCUGGUGGUAUGGAGAACAUGAGCCAGGCUCCUCAUUUAGUCUACAUGCGAACAGGUGUGAAAGCCGGAGAUGUCUCCUUGCAGGACAGUAUUCUUUGUGAUGGUCUUAAUGAUGCAUUUUACAAGUAUCACAUGGGAGUAACUGCUGAAAAUGUGGCCAAGCAGUGGAAUAUCUCCAGAGAGGAGCAGGACCGGCUUGCAGUCCAGUCACAGAAUAGGACUGAAACUGCCCAAAAAUCUGGGUAUUUUGACAAAGAGAUUGUGCCUGUAGAGGUUCCCUCAAGAAAAGGUCCUGUGACUGUAACAACAGACGAGUUUCCUCGACAUGGCAGCAGUUUAGAAGGAGUGGCAAAACUGAAACCCUAUUUUGUGAAGGACGGGACUGGUACUGUAACGCCAGCUAAUGCCUCAGGUAUCAAUGAUGGAGCUGCUGCAGUUGUUCUGAUGAAGAAAUCCGAAGCACAGCGCAGGCACCUCACACCCUUGGCACAGAUAGUCUGCACUGCUCAGGCUGGCUUGGAUCCAUCGGUUAUGGGAGUUGGUCCAAUUCCUGCUAUUAGAAAAGCUGUUGAAAAGGCAGGAUGGAGCCUCGAUGAGGUGGAUGUAUUCGAAAUAAAUGAAGCUUUUGCAGCUCAAGCCUUAGCAAUUGUUAAAGAGCUAGGACUGAACCCCGAAAAGGUUAACAUCCAAGGAGGAGCUAUAGCACUCGGCCACCCUCUUGGAAUGUCCGGCUGUCGUAUUCUGGUCACUCUUCUUUAUGCUCUAGAAAGAACUGGUGGGAAGAAAGGAGUUGCUUCCUUGUGUAUUGGUGGUGGUAUGGGAAUAGCAAUGUGUGUGGAAAGGACAAGUUAGUUAAUUUCAAUAUUCUGGGUCACAGAGUGCUCAUUAUAGACCCUUCAGAAAGCACUUGUUCCUAUGGAACAUAAGUGACUAAAGAAAAAAAUACAUUCCUCAGAUUAUCAGCUUUUAGCCUCCACUUAUUUCAUGCAGUUUCCUUUUUAAUUUUGAAUCAGUACUACAUUUAAUAGUUUACCUAAUGAACUGCACCAUCGGUGUAAGAUGUUUUAGCACAAGUGAUCACCUCAUUUGUACCCCCCCAUCCCAAUACACGGGUGCUGUUCCGUGAGCAAAUCCGGAAUGGAACCCUACAGUGCGCUUCUGUCCCGUACUUCCGUUCUGCAAAAAGAUCGCACGACCAUGGGGGCCUUAGGCUGAGUUCACAAGUCGCUGCAAACUUUCCACAGCAUUUCUGCUUGUAAUCCGCAGUGUGAACGGACAUGCUGCAGAUUUAAGAACUGCACUAUAGAUCAGUUUCUGUUGCAGAUUUUUUUCUGCCAUGAGAAUAAAAAUUGCUAAAAUCUCACUUAUUUUACUGGUACUGUACAAUGCAGAAAAUCUGCAUCAGACUCUUGUGAACCCAGCCUUACACUGAGAAUGCUGACAAAACAUAAAAGGCGCACAUAGCAUUCAGAUUACAAGUCUAAAUGUAUGGGUGACAUGUUCAGUUAUCUAGGGCAUUUUCACUUAAGACCCUGUUUUUCACCCUCUUUGGUGUAUACUUGACAGUAUAGUGCAGGUAUAGGCAAAGUGGGAUAAAAUCACCCAUAGGAAAAAACAUACCAUAAAGGUGUACAUUUAUACAGCAUAAGUGUCUGUUUAGCAUAGUCUAUUAUACCCAUAUCUGCUGGCCUGUCUGAAAGUAAUUCUAUGUUCGGUGAAGGAACCCUAUAUGGAUACAGUGGAGUGUAUGCCAGGAGCUGUUUAAGGCAUAAAUGCCAAGGGAAGAUCCACAACGUGCUGUAAACAGGGUCUCAAAUGAUGAACAGAGAUAGCAGAUUAACUCCUCAUUCAGACGGCAAUGAAGCGGGCGCAUUUUAGUGUCCAUAUUACAGCCACAAGUCUUGCCCGACCAAGGUUCCAAAAGAACUGAACGUACAGCAUCCCUUAUGAUGCAGGUAGUGUGGGCCGUAAGACCUGUGGUUCAGUCGGGAUUUAAAGCUAUAACAUGGAUUCCAAAAAUGUGCCCACAUUAUGGCCGUCUGAGUAAAGCCAAACGCACAAAUCUCCUACAUUUGUAGGUUUCACAGCUCAGUGUCUUUGUAUUAAUUUUUGUUUUAAUAAAAAGUGUUACACCAA